AUGGCAGCAGAAGUAGCACCGCUACCGCAGCUGAAGCUGCCACAGGGCCCUUCGCCCGUGACCGCAGAACAUCGAUACUGGAAGACGUUCAAGAACCAGCUCCGCAUACCCUCGCCCACGCAGUAUCCCAUCACCCACAUCACCUUCCCCGCGGUGAGCGCCAACAGCUUGAGUUCGGUCAGCAACGACCUCUUUGCCGUCACCACCGGUACUCGAGUACAGCUCUAUUCGAUACGGACGCGCAAGCUGGUCAAGACGAUCACGCGAUUCUCGGACAUUGCAAGGAGUGGUGAUGUGCGACGGGAUGGCAAGAUCAUGGUGGCGGGCGACGAUACGGGCAAGAUUCAGGUCUUUGACAUUCACUCGCGCGCGAUCCUCAAGACUUGGGCUGGCCACAAGCAGCCAACAUGGAAGACCCAGUUCUCUGCUGCCGACCUCACGACGCUCAUGUCCGCCAGCGACGACAAGACCGUGAGAUUGUGGGAUCUGCCGAGCAACAACAGCACCUCGACCUUUGUCGGCCACUCGGACUAUGUUCGAAGUGGUGCCUUUAUGCCGGGCACCAUGUCCAAUAUGCUCGUUUCUGGCAGUUACGAUCAGACUGUGAAGCUCUGGGACCCUAGAGUCCAGGGCAAGGCCGUCAUGACCUUUAAGCACGCCCACCCCGUCGAGGAUGUCCUGCCGCUGCCUUCGGGCACAACCGUCCUCGCUGCCGCCGAGUCGCAGAUUUCCGUUCUCGACCUAGUAGCCGCCAAGCCAUUGCAUCUCAUCACCAACCACCAAAAGACCGUCACCUCCCUCUCCCUCGCAUCAGGUGGUAAGCGCGUAGUGUCUGGUGGACUGGACGGUCACGUCAAGGUCUUUGAAACCACAGGAUGGAACGUGGUAGCAGGCAUCAAGUACCCGUCGCCUGUUUUGUCAGUCAAGGUCAUCACCUCGGGAGCAAACGGCGAUGACAGACACUUGGCCGUGGGUAUGCAGUCGGGUGUUCUCUCGUUGCGAACCCGCCUCACGGGCCCCGAAGCAGCGCGCGAGAAGGAGAGAGAAAAGGAGAUGGCCGCCUUGCUGGCAGGCAAGAUUGAUUCACACGACAAGUCCAAGCGGAAGCGCAAGGGUCGCAUCGCGGAAGCCAACCGCCUGGACCUCGUCGGCGAAGGCGCCGAUGUCGUGAUUGCGGGCAACUCGGCCGCUCGCAACAAGUCCGUCAAGGAGAAGCCGUGGCAAAAGGAUCUGCGACGCGGUCACUUUGUUCAGGCCCUCGACCGGGUGCUCGAUACUUCGUCCCCGAAUUAUACGCCGCUGACGGUACUGACUCUCCUGGUGGCCCUCCGACACCGUUCCGCAUUGCGCGAGGCCCUGGAGGGCAGGGACGAGGAGACGGUACAGCCCAUUCUCAAUUGGAUACAGAAGCACAUUGUCGACCCCAGAUACGUCGGCAUCUGUGUCGAUGUUUCCAUGCACCUUCUCGACCUCUACUCCGAGUACGUGGGUGGCAGCAAGGAGUUGGAGGACAACUUCCGCCUGCUCCACAAGAGGGUACGAAGAGAGAUUGAAACGGCACAGAUGGCAACACAGACUGGAGGAAUGCUAGGUGGUCUGUUGAUCGGAAUGGCAUAA